AUGGGCAGCUUGGGUGUCCCUGCCGGUGGCCCAUCCGUGAGUGGGCGGGAUGCGUUGACCGAAUUGCUCAAGUCCAAAACAUGUGUCGGGCUAGGGCUGGACGAGGCCCUGUUCGCCCAGCUAGCUAGCUCCGCCGAUGGUCAGGCUGCCAUCACAGCCUUUCUGGAGGAUGAACGAGCUGCUGACACCCCACUGCUGGUGUACGAGGUCAGGACCGAAGUCAUCAGGAAGAAAGAAGCGUCUGGCGUUGCUCCAAAGGGGGAGGAUGUCACAGAGGAAGACGGGGAGUCACCCACAAAGUCCACAGAAGAGGAGGGAAGCAGAGAAACAGCUGGGGAGGCGAGCCAGCCUGCAGACGGGGCGAGCGGAAGCAAUGCGGGCACCAGCGAUGGCUCGGCGCUCGCAGCGCGGAUAAGCGGCAUUGUCCCACGGGAGUCGAGCAGCGGCCGGCUCUCUGUGGCUGCAUUGGCGGGGCCCUCGAGGCGGGCGUCCACGCUGGCGGCCAGCUCACGCAGAGAGUCGGCGCUAGUACACCCGGAGCCCCUCGCUGAGGCAACGGAGUCUGAUGGGAAAGUGGCGGAAGCGGAGGAGGCCGGCCCACCACCGCAGGAGGCAGUGGAGGUGGAAACAGUGGUGGAGCUGCGGGCAUGCACGGGCACCCUACCAGAGGGCACUGCAGGGCGGGCGGUGUACUUUACCAAGAAAGAGGCGGGGAAGCUUCGUUCAAAGGACGGGAUUGAGUGUGGGGUGCUGGCCGAGGGGCCGUCGCUGCGUGCGCUGGAAGUGCUGCUAUCUCAGAUCUACCUGCCCAUGCUGUCCUCUGCGGGGGCCCGGCAGAAGCAGGGUGGUGAGGCUGGGGCUGCCGGCAAGCAGGGUGACACAUCCAGGAAUGAACUCCUGAGCAGCAUGCACAAGUUCGCAGCGCAGGUGGCCCACGUGAGCCAGCAGUUGACAGGGGACGUCCAGCUGGUUAUGACGCGCGUCACCAUUGACAAUGUCGCUGAAGCAGCCGCCGACUCGGACCUCCUCCUCAAGCUGGAGGAGGCGACGGCGGAGUGGACAGUGCUGCUGGGGGCGGCGCUGCAGAAGGAGGCGGGCAAGGUGCCCCAGGGGAAGGGGCCCCUGGCGGAGAUUGAGUUUUGGCGCGAGCGCAACGCGUCGCUGGGCAGCCUGUACGAGCAGCUGAACACGCCGCAGGCCAAGAAGGUGGUGGCCACGCUGGAGGCCGGCAGCGGGGACGCCAACCUGCUCAUGCGCUUCAAGGCGCAGUCCAAUGAGCUGACCCAACUGUACAUAGAAGCGCAAGACAACGUCAAGUUCUUGAGCACCCUGGAACGGCACUUCAAGAACCUGGCCCACGGGUCGCUGUCGAGCAUUUUGGACACGCUGCCGCCGCUGAUGAACGCGCUGCGCAUGGUGUGGAUCAUCAGCCGCCACUACAGCGACGACGUGCGCAUGGGCAACCUCUUCGAGCGCAUCGCCAACGAGCAGAUUGGCGACAAGGUGGCGGAGCAGGUGGACCUGAAGACGCUCUUCCAGCUGCCUCCCACCGAGACGCAGCACCUCAUCGACACGGGCAAGGCCGUGCUCGACACCUGGAGCGAGGUCUACCUGCAGGUGCGCGAGCGCAUCGAGGCGUCGGGGCGCGACGCGCGGUGGGAGUUCGACCGGAAGCGGCUGUUCGAGAGGAGCGCGUACAUGGCGAGCGUGCUGGCGGACGUGCGGCGCGUGGUGGGCGUCGUGGACGACUUCCGCCGCUUCCUGGGGCCGGAGCUCAAGGCCGUCACGGGGGAUCCCCAGGGCAUCGAUGACGUCAUCCAGCGCGUGGACGCCAUGGUGGAGCCCAUUCAGACGCUGCCGUUCCACGCGUUCGACAAGAAGUUCGCCAGCCACUGGGCCGCGGUGAUCGCCAAGUUCACGUUGGACAAGGAGGCCAUCGAGCGCGCGACGCGGUCGUUCAUCGACACGUCGUUCAAGAAGCUGCGCAGCGCGGAAGGCGCCUUCGAGCUGCUGCAGAACUUCAAGAGCAUCAAGAGCGAGGGCGCCAUCAACCGCCAGAUGAUGGACAAGUUCAACGACAUCCUCGCGCAGUUCUCGCGCGAGAUCGACGCCACGCGCGAGCUGUUCGAGCUGCGCGCGGCGUCCCCGCCCGCGACGCGCAACCAGCCGCCGGUGGCGGGCGCGAUCUCGUGGGCGCGCAGCCUGUUUGGGCGCGUGCGCAAGACGAUGCAGAAGCUGGACGACGGGCAGCUGCUGAGCGAGGAGGCGGGGCACGAGGUGCACAAGAACUACGUCGGCCUCGCCAAGCAGAUGCUGGCCUUCGAGAAAACGUGGUUCGCCGGCUGGGCCGCCUCCGUGGACGCGCUCGCGCUCGCGCACCUGAAGCAGCCCAUCCUGCGCCGCGAGGGCGACGGCCACGUGGUGGUCAACUUCCACCCGGACCUCACGCGCAUCAUGCGCGAGGCGCGCUACCUGGACCGCAUGGGCUUCAAGAUCCCGGAAAUGGCGCUCAACAUCACGCUCCAGGAGGAGAAGUACGUGGGGUACGUGGCGGCGCUGGGCGGCAUGCUGGGCCACUACUGGGCGGUGGUGGGCGUGCUGACGCCGACGGAGGGGCGGCUGCUGGCGGGCAAGCUGGAGCAGCUGGAGCGGUGCCUGGACCCCGGCUUCUCGCCGCUCAACUGGAACGCGCUCGGCAUCCCGGACUUCGUCGCCGCCGCCAACAAGGCCAUCAACGAGUUCCAGGCGCUCGUCAACCAGAUCCAGAAGAACAGCGCCAUCAUCGAGAAGGCCAUCAGCUCGCUGGCCCGGUCGAAGCUGGUGCAGGCGCCGCCCCCCGGCGAGGGCGACGUGGCGGACCUGCAGGAGCUCUUCGAGCACGUCGAGCGGCAGCGCACCGAGGCUGUCGAGGGCAUGCUCAAAAAGUACCGCAGCAUCGCGCCGCUGUUGGGCAAGGUGGAGGAGCUGGUGGCGGCCAGCAACAGCGGGCGCAGCCCUGCGCUGGCGGACUACUACGCCUUCUGGGAGCGGCGCAUCUUCGCCGCGCUCAACCAGGCCGUCGCCGCCGGCAUGGCCAAGCUGCAGCACCUCUUCACCGGCCAGCCCAGAAAGUCGUCCGGCGGGCGGUCGUCCCCGCCCGUAAUGCUGUUCCGGCUGACCACCUCGCUGAGCCCGCCCGAGAUCCUGGUCCAGCCCGCCGUCAGCGAGGUCACUAAGCUCCUCUCCAGGAUGGUGCGCAACGUGGUGGAAAGCACCAAGCCGUUUGUGCGGUGGAUGGACGGCUCCUGUUUAGAAACGCCGCCGCAGAAGACGGGCGCAGACGACGAGGAGCCGUACAUCUUUUCCUUCUACAACGACGUUUCCGCCAACAGUCAGGUGAUCAAGGCGAUGCUGACGCUGACGGGGCUGGUGCACAAGGCGACGGCGGGCGUGAGCAAGCACGUGGACGGCUGGCGGCGCUACCAGCACCUGUGGAAGCAGGACAAGGCCGCCACGCUCGACAAGUUCGCCGCCAAGCAGCCGACGUGCGUCGAGUUCGAGGAGAAGCUCGCCAAGUACUCCCGGAUCGCGGUGGACAUCGCCGAGUUGCCCAAGGAGAAGGACGUGGAGUUCGUGCGCGUGGCGAGCCACCAGCUGGCGGACGCGCUGUGCGCUGAGGCGCGCGCGUGGGUGGCGGCGAUCGGGCAGGCCAUGGCGGAGAGCGACCGCAAGCGCAUCGCGGGCAUGCACGCGGCCAUCGCGCAGUUGGAGGCGGACGUGACGCGGCCGCCCACCAGCCUGGACGACCUGAAAGCCGUGCUCAACGUCGUGGCCGACAUCCGCGCGCGCGCCAUGGACAUGGAACAAGAGUACGUGGAAAUUGAAGAGCGUUGCCGCACGCGCAUGCUGUACGGUCUUGGGGGCGACGACGAGGAGACGGCCCAGGCAUACGCUAUCAGAACCAAGUGGGUGGAGCUGCAGGGCGUGGCUGUGCGCGUGGACGAGGACUUGGAGGAGGUGAAGAAGAAGUUCACGGCCACCACGCAGGUGCAGGUCGCGGAGUACCACGCGUCCGUGCUGGACCUGCGGGAGAGACUCCGGGACAGCGGCCCGGGGAAGACCGACAACCUGGACCAGGGCCUGGAGCUGCUCAAAACAUUCCAGGCGGAGGUGGCGGCCAAGGGCGGCGCGCGCGAGGCGCUGGUGCUGGCGCAGAAGCUGUUCGACCUGCCCAUCACGUCGUACCCGGAGCUGCUGGAGGUGGACGCGGAGCUGCGCAGCCUGGCGCAGAUCUUCGAGCUGUACACCGACUUCAGCGCCGCCGUCAAGGCCGCGUCGUCCAUGCUGUGGGCGGAGCUGGACAUCGGGCGCCUGGUGGGCGCGCAGGAGGAGUUCGGGGGGCGGCUCAAGCGGAUGAAGCACCUCAAGGCGCUGCCCACCUACGGCCUGCUGGAGGCCAAGCUCAAGGAGUUCCAGGACUCGCUCCCGCUCAUCCAGGACCUGAAGAGCGAGGCGCUGCGGCCGCGGCACUGGGAGCGGCUGAUGGAGCUGACGGGCAAGCGCUUCGACAUGGACCCCAAGAGCUUCACGCUCGGCGCGCUCUUCGCCAUGCAGCUCCACAACUACGCCCAGGUGAUCAGCGAGAUGGUGGGCGCCGCCAGCAAGGAGCUGAGCAUCGAGGCGGAGCUGCGCGGGCUGGCGGAGGUGUGGCGCGAGCAGGCCUUCACGGUGGCCAAGUACACCAAGAACGGCGCCGACCGCGGGUGGGUGCUGCGCGGGGUGGACGAGCUGGCCGUGCUGCUGGAGGACCAGGGGCUCAACCUGCAGUCCAUGAUGGCCUCGCGCUUCGUGAAGCCGUUCCUGGAGCAGGUGCGCGCGUGGGAGGGCCGCCUGAGCCUGAUCGGCGAGGUGUCCGGCGUGUGGGUGGGCGUGCAGCGGCGGUGGCAGUACCUGGAGAGCAUCUUCGUGGGCAGCGACGACAUCCGGCACCAGCUGCCCGACGAGGCCAAGCGCUUCGACGGCAUCGACAAGGCCUGGAAGAAAAUCAUGGCCGACACCGCCAAGAACCCCAACGUCCUCGACGCCUGCGCCGUCGAGGGCCGCCUCGAGCAGCUGCAGCAACUCUCCGCGCAGCUGGAGACCUGCCAGAAGAGCCUCUCCGAGUACUUGGACACGAAGCGGUGUUCGUUCCCGCGCUUCUUCUUCAUCAGCGACGACGAGCUGCUGAGCAUCCUGGGCACGUCCGACCCGACGAGCGUGCAGGAGCACAUGCUCAAGCUCUUCGACAACUGCGCCGCGCUGCGCUUCGGCCGCGGCAACAAGGUCGUCACCGGCAUGACGUCCUCCGAGGGCGAGGGCUUCGACUUCCGCGCGCCCGUGUCCACGGAGGGCGCCGUCGAGGUGUGGAUGACGGCCGUCGAGGCGGAGAUGCGCGCCAGCCUGGCGGCCAUUACCAAGGAGGGCGUGUUUUUCUACGCCAAGAAGCCGCGCGCGCGCUGGAUCCUGGACAAUCUGGGCAUGACGACGCUGGUGGGCAGCCAGAUCUGGUGGACUUGGGAGGUGGAGGACGGCUUCCGCCGCGUGCGCGCCGGCGGCAAGGGCGCCAUGAAGGAGCUGGCCGGCAAGCUGACGGGGCAGCUGGGCGAGCUGGUGGGCAUGGUGCGCGGCGAGCUGGGGCCGCUGGACCGCAAAAAAGUGAACGCGCUCAUCAUCAUCGACGUGCACGCGCGCGACAUCAUCGACGCGUUCGUGCGCGACUCCGUGCUGGACCACCGCGAGUUCGCCUGGGAGUCCCAGCUGCGCUUUUACUGGGACCGCGCCAACGACGACCUCUUCAUCAGGCAGUGCAGCGGCGAGUUCCGGUACGGCUACGAAUACAUGGGCCUGAACGGGCGGCUGGUGAUCACGGCGCUGACGGACCGGUGCUACAUGACGCUGACGACGGCGCUGACGUUCAAGCUGGGCGGCGCGCCGGCGGGCCCCGCGGGGACGGGCAAGACGGAGACGACCAAGGACCUGGCCAAGAGCAUGGCGCUGCUGUGCGUGGUGUUCAACUGCGGCGACGGCCUGGACUUCAAGGCCAUGGGCAGCAUCUUCAGCGGGCUGGUGCAGUGCGGCGCGUGGGGCUGCUUCGACGAGUUCAACCGCAUCGACGCCGAGGUGCUCUCCGUCGUGUCCAGCCAGAUCAAGCAGAUCCAGGAGGCGCUGAAAGCCGACGCGCGGCGGUUCCAGUUCGAGGGCAAGGAGAUCCGGCUGGACGGCCGGACGGGCAUCUUCAUCACGAUGAACCCGGGGUACGCGGGGCGGACGGAGCUGCCGGACAACCUGAAGGCGCUCUUCCGGCCGGUGACCAUGAUCGUGCCGGACCUGCAGCAGAUCUGCGAGAUCAUGCUCUUCUCCGAGGGCUUCGACACCGCCAAGGUCCUCGCCAAGAAGAUGACCGUGCUCUACAAGCUCUCGCGCGAGCAGCUGAGCAAGCAGUACCACUACGACUUCGGCCUGCGCGCGCUCAAGUCCGUGCUUGUCAUGGCGGGCGCGCUCAAGCGCGGCUCGCCCGACAUGGACGAGGCGCUGGUGCUCAUGCGCGCGCUGCGCGACAUGAACCUGCCCAAGUUCGUGUUCGACGACGUGCCGCUCUUCCUGGGCCUCAUCAACGACCUGUUCCCGGGGAUGGACUGCCCGCGCGUGCGCUACCCGCAGCUGAACGACGUGAUCGAGGCGGACCUGGCGGAGCAGGGGUACCUGGUGGUGACGGAGGCGAGCGGGCAGGUGGACAAGGUCAUCCAGCUGUACGAGACCAUGAUGACGCGCCACACCACCAUGGUCGUCGGCCAGACCGGCGGCGGCAAGUCCGUCAUCCUCAAGACGCUCGCGCGCGCGCAGACCAAGCUGGGCGUGCCCACCAAGAUGACCGUCAUCAACCCCAAGGCGCAGCCCACCAGCGAGCUCUACGGCGUGCUCGACCCCGACACACGUGACUGGACGGACGGCUUGCUGAGCAGCCUGUUCCGCGAGAUGGCGCGGCCGCUGGUGGGCGACAAGGAGGAGCGGCGGUACCUCGUGUUCGACGGCGACGUGGACGCGCUGUGGGUGGAGGACAUGAACAGCCUCAUGGACGACAACAAGCUGCUCACCCUGCCCAACGGCGAGCGCAUCCGCCUGCCCAACCACUGCAAGCUGCUCUUCGAGGUGUUCGACCUGCAGUACGCGUCUCCCGCGACGGUCAGCCGGUGCGGCAUGGUCUACGUCGACUCGCGCAACUUGGGCUACAAGCCUUUCAUCUGGAAGUGGUGCAACGGCAGGCAGAGCGCUGACGAGGCGGAGGCGCUGCGCGGGCUGAUGGCCAAGUACGUGGGGCAGUGCGUGGACUUCGUGCUGGAGGGCGUGGAGGACGACGUCAUCACGCGGCGGCUGCGGCAGGCCAUCCCCGUGACGGCCCUCAACACCGUCACGCAGCUCUGCACGCUGCUGGACGCCAUGCUCACCGACGACAAGGGCAUCACCGACCCGCAGACGUUGGAGGCGGUGUUUUUGUUUUGCGUGGUGUGGUCGGUGGGCGCGGCGGUGGUCCAGAACGGCGCGGUGGCGGACCGCGACCGGUUCGACAAGUUCGUCAAGGGGCUGGCCGGCCUCAGCCUGGCGGACGGCGACACGGUCCCCGCCACGCAGCUGCCCGCCAAGAGCCUCUACGAGUACUGCUUCGACACCAACGACCUGCGCUGGCGCUCCUGGAAGAGCCUCGUCCAAGACUACCAGCCCCCCCCCGAUGGCAAGUUCUCCAAGAUCCUGGUGCCCACGGUGGACACCGUCCGCUCCACGUGGCUCCUCGACAUCAUGGUGCAGGUGGGUCGGCCGGUGCUGUUCGUGGGCGACAGCGGGACGGCCAAGAGCGUGACGGUGGGGCAGUACCUGGGCGGGCUGUCGCCGGAGCACUUUUUGGUGCUCAACAUGAACUUCAGCAGCAGGACCUCCAGCCUCGACGUGCAGCGCGCCGUCGAGGACGCCGUCGAAAAGAGGACCAAGGACACGUACGGCCCGCCGGUGGGCAAGAAGAUGGUGGUGUUCAUCGACGACCUGAACAUGCCCAAGGUCGACAAGUACGGCACGCAGCAGCCCAUCGCCGCGCUCAAGCUGCUCAUCGAGCGGAGCGGCCUCUACGACCGCGGCAAGGAGCUCAACUGGAAGAACAUGAAGGACGUGCAGUUCGUGGGCGCGAUGGGCCCGCCCGGCGGCGCGCGCAACGCGGUGGACCCGCGCUUCAUCAGCCUCUUCUCCGUGUUCGAGAUCCAGUUCCCCGCCACCGAGUCGCUCACGCGCAUCUUCGACACCAUCCUCAACGCGCACGUCCAGAGCCUCGCGCCCGACAUCAAGGCGGCGUGCGCGGGGCUGACGGAGGUGACGCUGCGGCUGUACGGGUUCAUUUUGGAGAAGCUGCCUCCGACGCCGAGCCGGUUCCACUACAUCUUCAACCUGCGCGACCUGAGCCGCGUCUUCGAGGGCCUCUGCCUGUCCACGCCCGACAAGUUCGCGUCGCCGGCCCAGUUCCUGCGGCUGUGGCGCAACGAGUGCCUGCGCAUCUUCCACGACCGCCUCAUCUCCGAGGACGACAAGGCCGCCGUGCAAGCCAAGCUCGCGGAGCUGGUGCAAGACAAGUACGGGCAGCACGCGGACGCCGUGCUGGCCAACCCCAUCCUCUUCGGGGACUACCGCCUCGCGCUCAAGGAGGGCGAGGCGCGGCUGUAUGAGGACCUGGGUGACUACUCUACCGUGAAGGGCGUGCUGGAGGGCGUGCUGGAGGAGUACAACGCGGGGCGCAGCAAGGCCAUGACGCUCGUGCUCUUCAAGGACGCGCUCGAGCACGCCACGCGCAUCCACCGCCUGCUGCGCCUGGAGCAGGGCAACGCGCUGCUGGUCGGCGUCGGCGGCAGCGGCAAGCAGUCGCUGGCGCGCCUCGCGGCCUUCGCGGCCGGGUGCGCGGUGUUCGAGAUCACGCUGACGCGCGGGUACGACGAGGCGGCGUUCCGCGAGGACCUGAAGAAGCUGUACGCCAUGCUGGGCGCGGAGAACAAGCGCGUCAUGUUCCUCUUCACGGACGCGCACGUCGCGGACGAGGGCUUCCUGGAGCUCAUCAACAACAUGCUCACCGCGGGGAUGGUGCCCGCGCUCUACGCCGACGACGAAAAGGACGCGCUCGUCAACCAGGUGCGUGACGAGGUUGCGGCGAAGGGGUUGCUGGACACGAAGGAGGCGUGCUGGCGGUACUUCGUAGGCAAGUGCCGCAACAACCUGCACGUGGUGCUGUGCAUGUCGCCCAUCGGGGACACGCUGCGCACGCGCUGCCGCAACUUCCCGGGCAUGGUCAACAACUGCGUCAUCGACUGGUUCACGCCCUGGCCCGAGGAGGCGCUCCACAGGCAAGGGCCCCAUGCGCCGCAGCACUCGGGCCUUGGAACCACUUGGCAUUCCACCGUUGUCAUCAGCGUGGUGCCGCGGGCUGCUUCUCAGCUUUGGCUAAUUGUUAUGCGCAGCGUGGCGAGCGUGUUUUUGGCUGACGUGGACCUGCCGGAGCCGCACCGGGCGGGCAUCGUGGAGCACAUGGUGGUGGUGCACCAGAGCGUGCGCCAGUUCAGCGCCGAGUUCGAGGCGGCGCUGCGGAGGCACAACUACGUGACGCCCAAGAACUACCUGGACUUCGUGGGCACGUACAAGGCCGGCUUGGCGGGGCACCGCGUGCGGCUGGGCGAGCUGAGCGGGCGGCUGGACGCGGGGCUGGCCAAGCUGAUCCAGGCCGCGGACGAGGUGGCCACCAUGCAGGCCAGCCUGGCGGACGCCAAGACCGUGGUGGACGCCAAGAGCGCGCAGUGCGCGGAGCUGCUGACCGUCAUCGCGGCCAACACGACGACGGUGGAGAGCAAGCAGGCGGUGGCGCAGCAGAAGGAGGCGGACCUGAGCGUGGAGAGCGCGCAGAUCGCGAUCGAGAAGGCGGACGCGGAGGCCGCGCUGGAGGCGGCCAUCCCCGCGCUGGAGGCGGCCGCGGAGGCGCUGAACAACCUGAAGAAGGACGAGAUCACGGAGAUCCGCUCGUUCGCCAAGCCGCACGUGCUGGUGCAGAAGGUGUGCGAGUGCGUGGUGCUGCUGCGCGGGCUCAAGGACGUGAGCUGGAAGGGCGCCAAGGCCAUGAUGGCGGACGCGCGCUUCCUGGCCAGCCUGAUCGAGUUCGACAAGGACGGCAUCACGGAGAAGCAGAUGCGCGCGCUCAAGGACUACUUCAAGGACCCCAAGCUGACCAUCGAGGAGCUGAUGAGCAUCAGUACCGCGGGCGCGGGCCUGCUGCGCUGGGUGUGCGCCAUGAUGAACUACAACAACAUCGCCAAGACCGUCAACCCCAAGCGCCAGGCCGUGGCCGCCGCCGAGAAGAACCUGCGCGCCGCGCAAAAGGAGCUGGAGCGCAUCAAGGCCGAGGUGGCCGCGCUGAGCGGGCAGCUGGCGGGCCUGAGCGCGCAGUUCGCCGCGAGCACCGCGGAGCAGCAGGAGCUGAAGGCCAAGGCGGACCUGAUGGAGAAGCGGCUGGACGCCGCGCGGCGCCUCAUCGCGGGCCUGGACAGCGAGCGCACGCGCUGGACCGCGGAGAUGGCGGAGCUGGCCGCCACGCGCGAGCGGCUGGUCGGGGACUGCCUGCUCUCCGCGUCCUUCCUCAGCUACACCGGGGCCUUCACCUACGACUUCCGCAAGAAAAUGGUCCAGGAGCUGUGGUACGGCGACCUGGUGACGCGCGGCGUGCCGGUGAGCGCGCCGUUCGCGCUGGAGACGCUGCUGACGAGCGAGGUGGAGGUGGCGGCGUGGGCCAGCGAGGGCCUGCCCGGCGACGAGCUGAGCAUCCAGAACGGCAUCCUCACCACGCGCGCGUCCCGCUUCCCGCUCUGCAUCGACCCGCAGAUGCAGGCGCUGGCGUGGAUCAAGCGGCGCGAGGGCAAGAACCUGGACGGCCGCAUCCGCUCCUUCUCCGACCCCGACUUUUUGAAGCAGCUGGAGAUGGCCAUCCAGUACGGCUUCCCCUUUCUGCUCGAAAACGUGGACGAGUACAUCGACCCCGUCAUCGACCCCGUCCUCGAGAAAAACAUCACGCACGUCGGCGCGCGCAAGGUGGUCAAGCUCGGCGACAAGGAGGUCGAAUGGGACGACAACUUCCGGCUGUACUUGGUGAGCAAGCUGCCCAACCCGCACUACGGGCCGGAGGUGUCGGGCAAGACGCAGAUCAUCAACUACGCGGUGACGCCGGCGGGGCUGCAGGCGCAGCUGCUGAACGUGACGGUGCGCCACGAGCGGCCCGCGCUGGAGGAGCAGCGCGAGGGCCUGGUGCGCGAGAUGAGCGAGAACAAGGCGCUGCUGAAGCAGCUGGAGGACACGCUGCUGCGCGAGCUGAGCAACGCGCAGGGCAACAUCCUGGACAACACGGACCUCAUCGCCACGCUCGAAAACACCAAGGCCAAGGCCGUCGAGAUCGCGGAGAAGCUCGCGCUCGCGCGCGACACCGCGGCCGAGAUCGAGGCGGUGCGCGCGCGGUACAGCCCGGCGGCGAAGCGGGGCGCGAUUUUGUUCUUCGUGAUGAGCAGCCUGAGCGGCAUCAGCAGCAUGUACGAGUACAGCCUGGGCAGCUUCCUGGAGGUCUUCCGCACCACGCUGGCCACCAGCCGCAAGGACGCGGCGCUCGAGGCGCGGCUGCGCCACAUCAUCGACGGCCUCACCUACGACGUGUACGCCUACUGCUGCACCGGGCUGUUCGAGAAGCACAAGCUGAUGCUCAGCUUCCAGAUGGCCAUCAAGAUCGCGGACGGCGACGGCCAGCUCAACCAUGCCUACCUCGACUUCUUCCUCAAGGGGAACCUCGCGCUCGAGAAGGCCGCGCGGCGCAAGCCCGCGGACUGGUGGCCCGACGCGGGGUGGGAGGACCUGAUGCGCCUCACCGGCCUGGACGCGCAGUUCGCGGGGCUGGCGGACCACGUGGAGGCGCACGUGGGCGAGUGGCGCGCGUGGUACGAGCUGGAGAAGCCGGAGGAGGCGCCGCUGCCGGGGCCCUUUGCUGACGCGCUCUCGCCCUUCGAGCAGCUGCUGGUGCUGCGGUGCGCGCGCGUGGACCGCGUGACGGUGGCGCUGACGCGUUACGUGAUCGCAGCGAUGGGCGACAAGUACGUGAGCCCGCCCGUGCUGGACUACGGCAACAUUUACCGGCAGAGCAGCCCCGUGACGCCCAUCGUGUUCAUCCUGAGCCCCGGCGCGGACCCGGCGUUCGACGUGUUCAAGCUGGGCGAGGAGAUGGGGUUCAAGCCGGGCGGCAAGCUCAAGUACAUGGCGCUCGGGCAGGGCAUGGGGCCCAAGGCCGCCGAGUUCCUGGAGCAGGGCGCCGCGCGCGGGCUCUGGGUCAUGCUGCAAAACUGCCACCUCCUGCCCAGCUGGCUCAAAACGCUCGAAAAGAUCUUGGAGAAGUUGGAGAAGCCGCACAAGGACUUCCGGCUGUGGCUCACGACGGACCCGACCCCGCGCUUCCCGCUGGGCGUGCUGCAGCGCAGCCUCAAGGUGGUGACGGAGCCGCCCAACGGGCUGAAGCUGAACAUGCGCGCGAGCUACUCCAAGAUCACGGACGACAUGCUGGCCGACUGCGCGCACCCCGCGUUCAAGCCGCAGGUGUACGUGCUGGCCUUCUUCCACGCCGUGGUGCAGGAGCGGCGCAAGUACGGCAAGCUGGGCUGGAACGUGCCGUACGACUUCAACGAGACCGACUUCCGCAUCUCCAUGGCGCUCAUCGGCACGUACCUCAGCAAGGCGGCCGCGGCGGGCGACGAGCUGAUCCCAUGGGGCACGCUGCGCUACCUCAUCGGGGAGGCCAUGUACGGCGGCCGCGUCUCCGACGGCUUCGACCGCCGCAUUUUGACCACCUACCUGGACGAGUACCUCGGCGACUUCCUCUUCGACACCUUCCAGCCCUUCCGCUUCUACGCCGGCAAGGACGCGCUCUACAAGAUCCCCGCGCCGGGCGGCCGCGACGCGUACUGUGCCGAGAUCGACGGGCUGCCGCUGGUGCAGACGCCGGAGGUGUUCGGGCUGCACCCCAACGCGGACAUCAGCUACUACACCGCCGCCACGCGCAGCCUCUGGCGCAACCUGGUCGACCUGCAGCCGCGCAUCGGGGCCGCGCCGGGGGGCGCCUCCCGCGAGGACGUCAUCGCGGGCGUCGCGCGCGACAUCCAGUCUAAGAUCCCCAACCCUUUCGACAUCGCCAUCAUCAAAAAGGAAAUCGGGGUGCCCUCCCCCGUGCAGGUGGUGCUGCUGCAGGAGCUGGACCGCUGGAACGCCCUUCUGGCGCGCAUGCAGGCCUCCCUCAAGGACCUGCAAAAGGCGCUCGCGGGCGAGAUCGGCAUGAGCAGUGACCUGGACGAGGUGGCGACGGCGCUGUUCAACGGGCAGCUGCCGGAGGCGUGGCGGCGCAUGAACCCGCAGACGGAGAAGAUGCUGGGCGCGUGGAUGCUGUGGUUCGGCCGGCGCUACGCGCAGUACGCGGCGUGGGUGGAGCACGGCGAGCCGGCCGUCAUGUGGCUGGCGGGGCUGCACAUCCCGGAGACAUACAUCGCCGCGCUCGUGCAGACCGCGUGCCGCGACCGCGGGUGGCCGCUCGACAAGUCGACGCUGUAUACGGCCGUGACGCAAUUCACGGACGCGGGCCAGGUGCACGAGAAGCCCAAGCACGGCUGCUACGUGAGCGGGCUGUACCUGGAGGGCGCGCAGUGGAACCUCAAGAAGAGCCGCCUGGAGCGCCAGGAGCCGAAGCAGCUGGUGGUGGAGCUGCCCAUUUUGCAGAUCGUGCCCAUCGAGGCCAGCAAGCUGAAGCUGCAAAACACGUUCAAGACGCCCGUGUACGUCACUCAGGCGCGCCGCAACGCCAUGGGCGUGGGGCUCGUCUUUGAGGCGGACCUCGCCACUGACGAGCACCCCAGCCACUGGGUGCUGCAAGGCGUCUCGCUGUCGCUCAACAUCGAUCAAUAG